UUGAGCUCAGAGCUGCAGUGGAGGGAGUGAAGGGGGUUUCGGGGCGACGCUUGAUCCAGACGUUUCUGUUGAAAAUGUGUUUCUUGUGCUUCCUUUGUUUCUACUGCGGGAUCGUAAAUAAGCGCUUGAGCCAAAAUGGCGGCUGAAACCGUUGAGCUGAGUCGAGCUAGGAGCUAUUGCACCUCGUUUAGCCACACACUUUUAUCAUGUUGCUGGAGCCCUUCUGAGGGAGGUCUGGAUCAGUACCCAUCUGUGCGGGCCCUGAGAGGCCGACCCGUCAGACGGGCAUCAGCAGAGCACGAUACAUGCCAGCAUCUCUUCUCCGAGGUUGAAUCCCCUCUCCCCUGAAACUCUUUCGUUCAUCAGAAAGAGCAGAGGAUAUUUUGACCCUAGUGCGGCAGCCGGGCUGCUCCUCCACACACAGAUGAAUGAAGACCCCAUUCGGGAAGAACGCGGCCCAGAGAUCCAGAGCUGAUGCAGGGCAUGCUGGUGUCUCUGCAAAUAUGAUGAAGAAAAAGAACUCUCAUAAGAAACACAAAAGCAGUGUAGGCCCCACCAAAGCAGUGGCUCAGCCGCGGAGGAACAUCGUGGGCUGUCGUAUCCAGCACAUCUGGAAGGAGGGCAGCGGCACGGCGUCGCAGUGGAAAGGCACAGUUUUAGACCAGGUGCCCGUCAACCCCUCGCUCUACCUGAUCAAAUACGAUGGCUUCGACUGCGUCUACGGCCUGGAGCUGCAUAAAGAUGAGCGCGUGCAGGGACUGGAGGUCCUGCCAGACAGACUCGCCUCGACGCGCAUCAGUGACGCUCACCUGGCAGACACCAUGAUCGGGAAAGCCGUGGAGCACAUGUUCGAGACGGAGGAUGGCACUAAGAACGAGUGGAGGGGAAUGGUUCUGGCCCGGGCGCCCAUCAUGAACACAUGGUUCUACAUCACGUACGAGAAAGACCCGGUGCUCUACAUGUAUCAGCUGCUUGAUGACUAUAAAGACGGAGAUCUGAGGAUCAUGCCAGACUCCAACGACUCGCCCCCGGCGGAGCGUGAGCCCGGAGAGGUGGUGGACAGCCUCGUGGGGAAGCAGGUGGAAUACGCCAAAGAGGAUGGCUCUAAACGAACUGGGAUGGUUAUCCAUCAGGUGGAGGCCAAGCCCUCCGUCUACUUCAUCAAGUUUGAUGACGACUUUCACAUUUACGUUUAUGACCUGGUGAAAACAUCGUAAGGUGGCGACACGAGACGAGGAGAGGGGGAGGAGUUUCACCUAACCAUGUGAUCCACACAAACAUUUUUUGCCAAAAGUUCUCUCGGAACGUUUCUCAUAACAUCUUUGGAAAUGUAACGCUGGAUAUUUCGGUGGAUUACCGCUAGUCAAGUGUCUCUUAUCGUUGAUGGAUGAACGGACAUCCCAUCCCCCGACAUACACACGUAGCUUCAUAUUUCAGAAGUUCGUCUCGAGCAUUUCCCAUUCCUGUUAGUUGUUCCGAAAACGUUCGUCGGGAAAAUCCCAUCUGGCCGUUCUGGGCUGUUAAAGUGUUCAUCUGUUGGACUGUUACAGCUCCGUCUUGGGUUAAAAAAUUCAAGUUUGGGGCGUUCGCCGGUCCUGGGGAAACGGUGAAAAUGAAACGAGCAAGGCUUUUAUCAUUUCAGACGUGAGAAAUGCGGCGGUCCUUGAGGAAUGGGGAGCGUUCGGGACGUCCUAAACCAUGUAAAAGUGCCAGGAGGUGGAGGGCGUGAGAUGACGUCUGUAAAUAAGACAUCUUUCUGUCCUUGAUGUCUUCGAGUUGGUUGCCAGAUGUUUCACGUUCCCUCCGUCUUCUGGUUCUCGCAGAAGAGCUCUGCUGUCACUGAAACUUAGGCAUUUGUGGCGUGAAACCAUACCGUUUUGUUUUUAUGUAUUUUUUUUUUCUUUUUUUAUUAUGCAUAUAUAUAUAUAUAUACAGUAUGUAUCAUUACCACGAGUAAACUCUAAUGCAGCUUUUAUUAUUUUAAGCACUAAAUUUAGAGUUGUUUUACUCCCGUUUGUUUUCAAUUAAUGAAAAGUUUUUGCAUUUCAUAUUUGGAGCGUUGAUUUAACAUUGAUCUAACGUUGAUAUAACGUUCAUUUCACAUAGUUUACUUAAUGGGCGUCUUAAAAUGCCCACUAAUUGUAUCACAUCGCAUAGUGUGGACAUUUUCUCUUGGUGUAGAUUAAUGGGUUUUUUGUCUCAUGCUCUUUAGCACUAAAAUCAUACGGUUACCCAAUGCCCUGAAGUAUUUAGAGAUGUUACACAAUACUAAUCGCACAAAGUGUUUAAUCCCGUACCGGUUAGAAAACGCUGAUGCAGUAAUGAAGUAUUUAGGAAUUUCUUUGCAGUAACCCGUGACUUUUACGUUGUUUUUCUUCCAUAAGCCUUGGGGAGAUUUCUCUGUCGCUUUGCCUCUCUGCGAGCCUAAACGUCUGUGCCUCGAUAUUGACUUAACUGUUUUAUUUUUUUUACGUGUGUGUGUG